AUGAGCAUUUCUGGCGUGUCGGUGGCCGCUGAGCCCGCGAAACUUGUACAUAAGGGCAACGCCAAUAUUUUAAUUAGAUUCAACGAUUUCACUCGUCUUGAGCGUUGUUGUGUGAGGUUUCAGAGUCUCAAUCGUAAUAAUAUCUAUACCUUAGAAAACUACCAGUACCUGGAACGCGAAGUUACCCCACUUCUUGGAGAUUACCUGGUGCGCACAAGAAAGGUUGCACGUAAUGUUCAACUACUGGAUCUGCUUCUCGAGGAGUUUCGAGUUUCGCGGGACUGUUCAGAGGUUUUUGUCUUGGAAAUGGAGAAUCUGACUUUUGGCAUGGAUUCUGUGUUAUCAGUGGACCACUUCACCAAAAUACACAAAUGCAGUAGUUCCACAGCAGUUGUAUGGGAAUUCAAGCCAAAGUGGUGGUGUGAAACUGGCCACAUUUGCAGAAAUUGCACUUUAAAUAAUGUUAAGGGACGCCGUAUCCCCUACUGCUAUAAUAUGAUACUGGCAGAACCAGGACUUUUAAGACUUUGGUUAGCCGAAUAUCGGCUGCCGUCACAAUUCUUUACAGAUAUGGAGCUUUAUCUAAGAAGCAGCGGGAACGUUUUGGCAAAACUUUACGAGAUUCAGGCAAAACUGACCCAUAGUGUACCAAAGUUAGGCGAUCUGAAUGGCGAAGUGGAUGUUUCAGAAACGCUAGCGCUGUUGAUGGCAAUGCGAGAUGUGUCGUGUUUUAUCAAGUGGGAUCACGAAAAUCCAAUACGGGCGAAGAUUGUGGAUGUCGAUCUGAAACCCAAGUCCAAGUGGGCACAAUGGAUGUCUCAGCAGAGCGUCCUUGAUGAAAGCAAUAUGAAAGUAUCUCACUAG